GGGCGGGGUUUGCAGCGCGGUCCCGGCCCGAGGGAGCGGCUCCCGCCUCCCGCCUCCCGGCUCCCGCCAGCGCCGGCCCCGCACCGCGGACCGUGAUUUGGCAGUUGAAGUACUGUGGGAAUGAGACCAUAUUCCUCAAUUUGAACAUGGCAUCUAAUAAGCCCCCGCCAGCUGCUGAGGACCAGUCUUCCACAGAGAUAGACGACCGUCACAUUUCACUGCAAGUGGAACAGGAAAACACACAGAAGAAAACGUUCACCACCUGGAUAAAUUCACAAUUGGCUAAGCAUGUACCUUCUUCUGUAAUCUCAGACCUAUAUACAGACAUCAAGCGAGGACAUGUGCUCUUGGACCUGUUGGAAGUACUUUCAGGUCAACAAUUGCCACGGGAGAAAGGAUUUAACACCUUCCAGUGCAGAAGCAACAUAGAAAAUGCCUUGGCAUUUUUAAAGAACAAAUCAAUCAAGCUCAUAAAUAUUCAUGUUGCUGACAUUAUUGAGGGAAAACCUUCCAUUGUGCUUGGCCUAAUAUGGACAAUCAUAUCGCAUUUUCAUAUCGAAGAACUUGCCUGCACAUUUGCUUGUAGUUACAAUCAACCCUCUCUUGAUUCUUCGAGUGUCGUUGGCUCAUCUGCAACUGCAAGCCCACCGCCUAAAAGAAGUGCUAAAGUGAAGAAACGGUGGAAGAUGUCUGCAAAGAAGGCCCUUCUGCUGUGGGCAAAGGAGCAGUGUUCAAUGCAUGGAUCCAUCAACGUGGCAGAUUUCAGGACAAGCUGGAGGAAUGGACUGGCUUUUUUAGCAGUCAUCCAUGCUUUAAGACCUGAUUUAAUUGACAUGGACAGAGCAAAGUGUCGAUCCAACAAAGAAAACCUGAAGGAAGCCUUCAGAAUUGCUGAACAUGAAUUAAGUAUUCCAAGACUCCUUGAACCUGAAGAUGUGGAUGUUAUCGAUCCAGAUGAAAAAUCUAUUAUGACUUAUGUGGCUCAGUUUCUGCAGUAUUCCAGGAGUUUCCCGGUCACUGAAGAAGAUUUACAGGGGAAAGUAAAAGAGGCCUUAGGCUGGCUGACUAUGCAAGAAAUGAAGUUAAAAAAGUUGUUGACUGAUACAGAAAAUGAAACACUCUGCAAGAAGUAUCAGGAGAUGCUGUCAUUUAUGGAAUUAUUUAACCAAGAGAAAAGAGCCUUUCUGCCGCUGCUGUCGUCAAAAAGGAAUGUGGCUGAGAUCAGUAAAGACCUGCAGCAGAUGAGAGAAGCAUGGGAUAACCUAACCUCCCAGAUUAACGAAUGGAAAACAAUGCUGGACUGUGUGUUACCCCCACCUCUGGAUGGCAUCGAGCUCUGGCUCCAAGAGGUAGAGCAUCUGCUUGCAGAAGGUUUGCCUGAUUUGCAAGACCACUGUAAAGCAAUGGCCCUCUUCAAAGAAAAAAUUAUAGUAUUUAAGAACUUGAUGGAUUGUUUUUCCGGCCACUUGGACACCCUUCAAUCAUUUGAGAAUAAAGAUGAGAAGAAUAUGCCAUUAGUGCCACUUGAGAAGUUAGAGGAAAUGAAAAGAAGGUUUAGCAAUAUCCGGUUCACAAACUUCAGCCUACUGCUGGAAUAUCUCUGCCACUUGUGCUCAGCUAUAUAUGAUGAAGUGACAUCAAAGUUAAAUAUCUGGAACAUUAAAUAUGGGGCUAAGGAGUCUGUGGAACUAUUGCUGGCAGAUUGGCAUGAUUUUAUUGAGAAAAGAAGAAUCAUAACUCAACUAGAGACUGCUUUUCAAAUAUGUGAAGACUUGAAAAACAAAAGCAAAAGCACUACUAUGUUGGCUGGUGAUUCUCAAUAUACUAGCAAACUAUUUAAGACGGUGGAGUCUAAGAUUUCAAUGUGCAGAGAAUAUAUUUCCAAUGUAAAUGCCAUCCUACAGAAAGUACUUUCUUCUUGGAGUACUUAUACAGAAAAUAUGCCCUUAUUGAAAACUUGGUUGGAGGAAGCACGGAAGGGCCAUUCUAGAAAGAUCCCCACGGAGAGCCUGUCAGCCUGGAACUCAGUGCAUGGUUCCUUAAAUGAAGCUGGGAACUUUUUAAUUGAAGUUAGCAGUGAGGACAUGGGAUCAGAUAUUUCUAAAGAACUGAAGAAACUAAACAGGAAAUGGGCUAAAUUUAUCAAGAGAACACAGUUUGAGAUGAGAUUACUGAGAAUGCACGAAGAGCAAAUGAAGCAAGUUACUGACAGUAAGGAAAAAGCUGUGCCUCCUGCAGAAUCAUUUCUAGAUACAGUCAGUAAUACCGUAGCUAUUUCAACGGAGGCUAUUAGGAGACACAUUCAGAACGCAGAGGUUAGAGAAAAGAAAGAAGAUGCAACUGAACAGGCCAUUGACCUGCUGCCCAGGGUGGGUAAAAUUGAAGAGCUUCUUGACGGAGUGGAAAACUGGGUUACAGAAACCGAAUGCCUUCUUGAUAAGGUCAAGCAGGAAGGAUGCAUGGAACCUCCAGCAGAGGAAUCCUUACAGAUCUUAAUUGCCAGAGGAACCUCAUGCCAAGAACAAGUUGUUGCAGCAGAAGAUAUCUUACAAAUGGUGACACAGAGUAUUUCCAGCCAGGUGUCCCUCCAGCAUUUUCACACAGCUCAGCUGCAAGCACGAAUUGAAGAAGCCAGAGACAGAACUGAGGCUGCCAUGAAUAAUCUACACAUGGUCUUGCCCAAAUCGGAAAAGACUCUCUCAGAAAAGGACAUCAUGAUCAAUUUUGAAGAAUCCCAGCAGGAGCUUGAAACCUCUAUUGUAAAAGCGAUGCAACUCGUUGGUCAGAAAGUGAGCCCUGAAGAACACGCUUCAAAAUAUGAGGAGGCAUCUAGCAUUUUGAACACUAAUAUUCUUGACAAAUAUUUGAAAGCUGCUGAACAACUGAAAAAUAUUUCACCUGCUUAUGAAAAACCAGUACUGGAGAAAAAGAUCAAAGAAGUUUGCAGAAGAUGGGAGGCUUUUUUUUCUCAUGAAGGCAGCCUGGGAGAGCUUAACAGCAGCUUACAAGGUCUUAAAGCAUUGUGCCAAAGACUGACUGCAGAAGAAGCUUUCCUAGAAACAAACAAACUAGUUGAGGAUUGUGAACAGAAGCAAGAAGAGCUUGAAAGACAUGCAACAGAUAUUUACUCAGGUCUUUCUCAUGUUGGAAAGGGUCAGCCAUCUAGAGAAGGGAGCUGUGUAUUUGCUUCUGAAAAUGGAGAAAAGAAAGUUUUUCCCCAAUCAGCUGAUACCCUUUCAACUCAGGAGUUGGCAAGCCCUAUUACAGAUGAGAUUUUGGAAAUGGAUGUGAAACAUCAGAAUGGAGAAAGCUGUACAAAGAAGUCAGAAAAACAUGGUGAUUUGCCAUUAAAGACCUUAUUGGAGAGCUUUGAUGCAGAGAAAAGUAAUCUGGAACUUCAUUUACAAAGCAUCAAAGAUGAAGUUGUGUCUGGUUUUACCAGUGAAAUACAAGAUGCCUCAUGCCUUCAGAAUAAACUGUGCGAUCUAGAGGUUUUACAGAGUAAAGCUAAUUCAUGUUGGAUGCAGUUUGAAAUUAUUGCAUCUAAGUUAGAAAAUCUUGUGGAUGAAUCAGAGAAACUUACUAUUUCUGAAAUGAGAAACAAGCUGAAAAGAGAAUGGAGUGAGCUUCAGGUUGUUCUAAAUCCCAGAAUGAAAUCGUUAAAGACUGCUUUGGAACUUGUUUUGCCAAUAGAAAAUGAAUCCAAUUUUCUAUGUGAACCAGAUCAGCAGCUGCACAAAAAGGAUGUACAGCUAUUGACUCUGACAAAUAUUCCUCUCAUUUAUGGAGAAUUGAAGGAGAUCCAGAAAUCUAUAGAAAAUCAUAUUGAACAAUGCAAACAACUGGAAGAGCUAGAUAGCUCAACAAGAGAUGAAUUUAACCCAGCAGAUUUCAAAGCUGCCUGCAGGCUGAUGCAUAAAUAUAAAAAGCAAUUUGAAGAAAUGAAUCACAAAAUGCAGGUCAGCGAAAAAGUCCUUAAAGAUCUAGAUGCUUUUUUGGCUACUUUUAAAAAAGUCAAACUUUCUAUUGAGCGUGCUGCAAGUCUAUCGCAGCCUGGAGAACCCGCAGGGCAAGAGACUGCGUGGAAAGAAAUGGCACAGCAAGAAAUUUCUCGUUUGAAAGAGGAGGCCAAAUGUCUGGAUGAACGCCUGAGUCUAGUUGAUAUCCAUCUGGAAGAUGCUGAAUGCGGAGGGAUGGUUUGCUGCGAAAAACUGGUUGCAACUUUAUUGGAAACAGUAAAUGAUGCCUGUGGCCAGAUAGAUAAACAGGAGCUCACUCAGGAAUAUGAAUUACAGGAGACUUUUUCCACAAGAAAUUCUGAACUUUUAAAAAAUAUUCAAGAUAUACAUGAUAAGAUGAAUAAAAUAGGCUUGAGGGAUCCAACGAUUCCUGCUGUUCAACAGAGGAUAAAAUCAUUACAUGAAUUGGAACAAGAAUUGAAUCAGUGUGCCACUGACAUGGACUUCAUACGAGAAAUUGCUAAUCAGCUUCUGCAAACUGAAGAAACAAAAGGAAAAGAAGCAAAUGAACAGUACAGAGCUACACAGAGGUUAUGGGAGGAUACAAAACUCUCACUUAGUGAAUGCCAAGAGCAAUGUGCCAGGGCUCUGGAGCUCCUGAAACAGUAUCAAAGCUACAAAAAUAGUUUGACAAGUAUUAUGGAGAAGCAAGAAAAUGUUCUUGCACAGCAAACUUCUUACCUGGGAAAGGAGAAUUUGCAGAAGAUGAUAGCAAAGAUUGGAGUGGUAAGAGAAGAAUUUAAUGACCACUCUGAAGAUAUAGACAAGAUAAAUCAUAUCUGCAAAAACCUCCAAGUCAAGCUCAAUAAAAUGAGGAUAUUUGAGGAGCCUCCGUUUGAGAAUGAAGCUAACAUGAUCACGGACCGAUGGCUGGAUAUCAAUGAAAAAACUGAAAACUAUUGUGAUAAUUUGGAAAGAGCUCUGGCUUUGUGGGACAAGCUUCUCAGUUUGUUUGGCAAGAUUGACACCUGGGCCAAUACAGAACUUAGGAACAUAGAAGAGUGUUAUCUGGCUGAAGAUGAGCUGACACAGUUGAAGGCUUGUUUACAGGUCCAAGAAAAAAACCUGAAGGAUUCUGACACAAAAGUGGCAGAGAUAGAAUAUCUUCUUAAUGGCAGUGAGUCUCCACUGGAAUUACAGGUCAUCAGAUCAACUGUUGUGAACAAAAUGGAGCUGAUAAGAAAGCACUUAUCAACUAAGCUGGGAGCCAGCGAACUCAAUGGGAAUACAGCAGAACUAAAAGGAGACCUUGACCUGGCCAAGACGCAGAUUGGAAUGACUGAAUCACUCUUAAAAGCUUUAUCUCCCUCUGACACUUUAGAGAUCUUCACUAAAUUAGAGGAGAUAUAUCAGAAAAUUCUGCAACAGAAACACCAUGUAACAUUGCUUGAAAAAGAGACGGGUUGUCUGACUCCUGAGGUGGCUGAAUUAAAGAAGCAGCUUAAAAGUAUCACUGAUUUAUUUAAUACAAAGAAGCAGAUUUUCCAGGAUCAUUUCCUUGGUCUUUUGAACUAUCAAUGUAAGAAUUUUAAUGACUGGUUCAAUAGUACUCAGCUGUCCUUGAAGGAAUGUUUUGAGCCCUCAGAAACAAAACUGAUAUUGGAAGAAAAAUUGCAGCAGCUCAGGAGUUUCCUAACUUUUGAGGGCAAAGACAGAGACAUCCAGGAGGUGAAAUCUCUUUUGAAUAAAGUGAAGAAUUAUUUGCCCAAAGCAAGUGUUAAUCAGUUGAGCAACAGUGUGAGAGAUCAAGAAGCUGAGCUACAAACAGUAAUCACCAAAUGUGAGACCCAGGAACAGGAACUUCAUACCACUCUGCAGCACCUCACUAGACUUCAAGAAGACACUAGUGCUUUGAAGGACUGGCUGAAUGCUCAGAAGGAAGAGUUACAGGAGUCCAAAAGGGAGAAGACAGAUCUUGAAACCUUUUACCAAGUGCUAAUGCAGCAGAGAGAGCAGUUUGACUCCCUGGCUCAGCUGUCUCAGUCAUUGAGGGAGGCUGGGUUCACUGGAGAUGGAGCCAUUUCCGAAGCUAACCACCUUGUUAGUAGAUAUCAGGUGCUACUGACAGGCACCGGUGAAAUGCUAGGAGUUACGCAGAUGCUGUCAAAGGACCCUUUUGAAGCAUGUGCAGAGAAUUUGUCUUCCUGGAUACAAAGACUUAAGGAAUCAGUUGUUGGCUUGAGUUCACGGGAAGGAGAGUUGCCCUUGGAAGAAAGGAUACAUCAAAUAAAGGAAAUCAUUGUAUGCAAAGAAGAGGGAGAGGCUAAAAUACAAAACCUUGUGGCUCUUGGUGAAAUCUUAAUGAGCAUGGAGGGAACCAAGGAGACAGCUAUUCAGCAGACUAUUUCUGAACUCCAGAAUCAGUGGGAGUGCACUCUUCAUUUAGCCACUAAAUAUCUCAGUUACCAGGAACAGCUUCAGCUUCAAAAGGAGCUAUACAGGCAAUGCAAAGACCAAGUAAGACGAGCCCUGACUGAACUGAAACAGCAGCAGCAGGAGUUAGGUUUUGAUCUCCAGCCUGGUUUGCAGGAGAAACAAGCUCAGUUAACAAAGUAUACAAAACUUCUGCAGGAAGCAGAAGGCUUUACAUGCCAAUUAAAUGAACUAAAGAGCCAAGAAGGUAACCUGCAGGACUACUCAGAGGAUCCGUGCUGCAUGGAAGAAUCCUGGUUAGAAUUAAAACACCGUCAUGAAAGUCUCCUCCUCAAAUUGCAGAACCUGGUGCAGACAUUGGACGGUCAUGUUCGGGAACACCAGCAGCUUCAGGACAUGAUGAGCAGCUUGAGUACCACACUGGCAGCAGCCUCUGAGGAGCCUUUAGAUGUUACCAAUGCCUCAGUAGACAAGCCAGCACCCAAGCAAAGACUGUUGAAAUCACAGGAACAACAAGCACCUCUUAAUCGAUGUGAUGACACAUUACAGAAAAUUAUGGUUUUAGCAGAAUCAGUUAAACAAAACACCUCUCCACAAGGACAGAAGUUUAUUACAGAUGAAGUUGAAACACUUCAGUGUAAACAUGGGAGUCUGAAAGAGAGACUUGAAAAUGUCAAGCAAGAGGGUGAGAAUAUUCUCACUGACACACUCGAGUCUCAGCAUGUCUUCGCUGAUGCAGUACAGAUCCCAGAUAAGUUGCAUACAAUGAAAAAGAGGGAAAAGGAGGUUGUUUCUCAUACUCCCAUUGCUGUUGGAGAGAACACCACGAUAGAAGAUCCAGAGGAACGCUGGGGGAAAAAUAAUGGCCAGCCUUUAAAUGGAAAUAACACAGAGAAAGAGCAGCAAAAUAAUCUGGAUUCUGAAGAAAGCAGGCUAUUGCCAGCUAGUCCUCUACCGUCUCAUACACCAGAGCAAACUAUGCAGGAGGAGAAAAAUACAGGGAAGCAGGUUGUGGCUGAACCUGAUGAUGUCCAGGAGAACCUUCUGGACAGAGAGACAAGGCUACAAGGAAGUAGACCCCAGCUGGAAACGCAUCGGAAUGGUACCUGUGAUGAAGGUGUCAAAUUGGCAAAGAAAAUCAAGCAAGCAGAGGAGAAAUCCAGCAUACAGAGAAAGGAGGAUCAAGCAUUCAGAGAAAAUCUUCAUCAGUUCCAGCAAUGGCUGAGCAGUAAGGAGCAAAUGCUGAAUUCAAUAGCAGCUGAAGAGGAGAGACCAGCGUCUGAAAAAACAGUUUCUGUUCUUGAGGCACUAAAAGAUAGUUUGAGUGAAGGCCACAAUUUCCUGUGUUUAAUAAGACAAGAUAGAGAGUUGCUACUGAAAUCAGGAAAAGCACCGAUCGAGGACAAUCUUUUGGAGGAACUUCAGCAGCAGUGGGUGUGUUAUCAAGGGAAAUUGAAUGAAGCAAGUCGGAAGCUGAAAAUGCUUCAAUGCCCUCUUCUUUUAGUGAAUGGAAAAAUAUUGGACACAGCAGCUCUCACUCCACAUAUUGAAAACUAUCCACUGAAAAGUCAGAGCACAAACAUGGAAAUGGUUUUCCAGAAGCAUUUUUUUCCUGAAGCUCAAGCAGAUGCUGCAUAUAUUGAAGAGGAACGAAAGGUCAAGGAGCUGAAAAAUCAAGCUGCAGAAUUGGAUAUUGUGUUAAUAACUGAACAACUAAAAGAAAUAGAGAAUUUAUACAAUGAACUGGAAAAGCAGAAAGCCGAAGCAUUGUCUUUGAGGGACGAAGCAGUUCCCAGCGCAACAAAAACAACUGCCUCCCAUUCACCCACCCUAGAACGUAUGGUUUCUUUAUGGGAAAGGCUGCUUCAAGAAAUACUUGCCAUUAAGGAGGUAAAGCAAAAACAGCACCAUCUAAUUAAUAAGUACCAUGAAAAUCUGUCUGCUGUUCAGUCUUCAAUGAAAACGUUAUCAGCAGAAAAGGAAAACCUAAAAACGGGGCCUAUGAACAACACAGUUCUUCUGGAAAAAAUUAAAACAUUUAUGGAUUCAAUACACAAAGCAAGAGACACAUUAGACGAGCUGAAAACUCAACAACAGAAUUUAUCGGAGCAUCUCAUGUGCAUGGAUAAGGAAUUAACAGAGAGCCAAGUUAAGCAACUUGAGCAGUGGUGGGAACUAACAGAACAAUCUGUGCAACAGAAAUACCGGCAAGUUGUGGCCGAAAUUGAUGAGUUUAAUUUAGUCAUAAAUAAAGUACAGGACAUUCAAAAGUCAUUGGAGCACGAACAGCUUUUACAGGCAGGGCUGAAUUCCCCAGAAGGACAAAAACCAAAGCAUUCUGUACUCUGGACCACAGAGCUGCAAGCCCUUAAACAUAACAUUGCUCUGUUGAAAAGAAGCACUGAGCUGCAGAUGAAAAGGAUUUGGAGUGAUGAAGAAAAGAAAACUUUGGAAAACGCAAUAAGUGAUUUGCAGAGCCAAGCAGAAGCGUUGGAGCAACAAACUCCUUGGGAAGAUGUUCAGACCAGUAGCUCGCAUCACAAAAAAUAUGAAAUAUUGAGAAGGAUGAAGCAGAAUAUUUCAUGGGUCAAAGAUUCCUUGUUGCUUUUGGAUCGGAAAGCAGCAUUUUUCCCCGAUGCUAUUAGGGAACAGAUCAGAAAUUGUACAUCUGUGAACAAUGCCAUUCUAGCCAAGGAGCCUACAAUUGCAUCACUGGCUGAAGAGACCCAGUGCAUCAUUGUUGCAUUGGGUCCAGAGGAGAGCGCAGACAUGAUCUCUCUUUUGCAAGAAUUACAGAAUUUGUACAAGGCGCUUGCUUUGGAAUCAGCUGAAAGAUUGUGGUACUUAGAGCUCCAGCUGGAAAAGAGGCACAGACUGAUUACAGGAAUAGAAAAUGUUUGCAGCCAGCUUCAAAACGCUGAGACACAGACGGUUCCUGAUGCAAGUGAAACUACCACGUGCUCCGAGCUAGGCCAGCGGCAGGCUGUUUUAAAGGAGCUUGCAAAAGAAAUGCAGGAGAUUGAAGGCCAUAUUUUAUCGUAUUUUCAAGAGAGUCCACAAACAACCAGGGAACUAAACAUAUUUGAACAGUUAUUUCUAAUGGACCAGUUGAGAAGUCUUAAAAUUAGAGUUAGGAAAAUACAGCGGCUAAUCCAAAAUAAAUGCCGCGUGGUGGAAAAAAAGAUAGCUGUCUAUACAGAGUUUUCAGAAAGGAUAACUACGCUGGAGCAGGAGCUUAAUGAUCUCCAGUGUGAUGAACAAAACCUGGAGAGAGAGAAAAAAUUAAACACAGAACAGGAAACUAGGGACAAACUCUGUAUCCUCAAAGAAAGAAUCUUUGCUUUUCAGUCCAAUUUGCUGAAUAUUAUGAAGUACAAGGAAAUCUUGGGAAGUCUUGGGCUACAUUGGGAUGCUUCACACCUUGAUGAAUUGCAAACUCGAUUUCUUGAAAUGAGAAAUAAUCUGGAGGAGAAAAUGAAAUGGUUUGAUCAUUUUAUUAUGGAAUGUGACAGGCAUCAAGAAUCGCUGAGUGAAAUUCAGGCUAUGACAUUCAGUAUAAGGGAAGAAGCUGAUAUGCUAAAUAACCACCCCAGCUCUUCCCCAGGAAAGGAUCUUGUAUCUGCACAGAUUUUAUGCCAGGAAGUUCAGCAAGUCAUGUACUUAACCCAGGAGGCAGCGAAUCAAUUGAACAGAAAUGAGGUCUUUGAUGUAUCGUUCAAAGAAGCUGAGAUGCAGCAGGUGAAGAGCUUGGAGAAGGAUAUUGAUCAGUUGAAUCACUUUGUCCAAAACAUGAUUUUAGAUCUCCAGGCAAAUUUUGUAAAGGAACAAGAUUUCCAGGGUAAAUUGGAACACACAUUGCAAAUCGUAAAGCAGAUUAAAUCUGAGCUUCAGCACCCACUCCUGGUAGACCUAGAAAUGAAAACAGUUCAGUAUCAAAAGAUGCACUGGGAAGCAAUUCAAGACACAGUGCAAGCAGAAUAUUGGGCCAUUAAAGACAUAAUGGAAAAAGAGAAGGAAAGGCAAGAAGAAAAAUCUGAUCUUACUGCUGACAUAGAAACAAAAUUGAAUGAACUACAAGCUCUUGAAAUACAGCUGAAGAAAGACAUUGCCUCCCAUGUGAAUGCCCUACAUGAGGCAUAUGAGAUGGUUCAGCUGUAUAGCAAAGCUGUUCAGAGGGCUGUCAAACUCCUCACGGACUAUGAAGCCAGAAUUCUUCCCAUGCAAGUUGACCUCGAUGGUCUAGAAGACUCCUGCCAAAUCCCACAAUGGAACCAAGAAGAACUUGACUCUGCAAAGGCUGACGUAGAAGCUCUGACCUCCAAGAUGGAAAACAUCGUUAAACCAGGCAGCAAAACACAACUGGAAAACACUUUACAUGAUCUAGUUGCUAGGAAUUUGGCACUUGGGGAGAAGGCCCAAAGAAAGAGAGCUGACAUGCAAAGAUGCUUUGACAGAUACAAAAGCUACACAAAAAACAAAGAGAAAGUAUGUGACAAUCUUGAUGAACUGGAAAGCAUACUUAGACAAUCUUUGUCCCAGACACCAAUGUCUUAUAAGGAAGUUUUGGAGCACUGGGAGCAAAGCAAGAUUUUGGUCUCUAGCAUUGCCACGGCUGAAGAGGACCUGGUGAAGUUGAGACGGGACUUGAGAGAUCUGUGCACACUGUACAAAGGAGGGGACAGCACUCUCAUCAGAGCGGUGUGGAUGCUGUGGGAUAAGUGGCUGGCUCUGCUGGAGGCUGCCAAGGAGUGGGAGAUGAACUGCGAAGAACUGAAACAGCAAUGGAAAUUCCUCAAUGAAGAGAUGGAACGAGAAACAAUCAUUUUAGAUAAUCUUCAAGAAGAGCUACCAGAAAGUCCUAAAGAGAAAGAGAAAGCUACAACAGAUGAGCUUCUUGAGUCACUGGAGAGUGUGAGCUGCUUUGAGGAAAACAUAGACAGAGAGCAGCUCCUAUUGCUUUUACUUCUUCAUCGUAUAAGAAGCAUUUUGAAUGUGCCUGAAAGAACCAGUGGAGAAGCAGCCCUUCCCAUUCUACAUGAGAUACAAGCAAUGCAAGAGCGAUGUAAAAAAUUAUAUCAAAAGGCUCAGAAGCAUAAGCAAUCUGUACAGUCUGAGGUUCAAGAGAGAGGCAAGAUUAAUGAAGAAAUAAAUGCUGUGAGGAGUUCGUUAGAAAAUACCUUGUCUUUGUUGCAUGAGAGAGAAUCACAAGACCCCGCGGAAAAGUCAGCACAAUUGGAGGAGAUUCAGAGUCUAAUUAACAGAGAGAAUCAAACUAUUAAGGAUAUUAUGGAGAAACUACGAAUCAAGUACUCUGAGAUGUAUACGAUAGUUCCUGCAGAGAUUGAGACACAGUUGGAGGACUGCAAGAAAACAUUACAAGACUUGGAAGAGAAGGUUAACACUGAAGUCUUACAGAGCUCUCCUUAUUAUGCGAUGAAUACAAAAGCAGAGAAGAUUAACAAUGGUCUUCAAGGUGUUGAAAAAUUGUUGCAGCAGAAGAGUGAAAACAUUGCAAAAGCCAAGGAAAGUCAGAAGAAAAUCUGGGAUAUGCUCGAUCUUUGGCAUUACAAACUGAAUGAACUGGAUGCAGAAGUUCAGGAUAUAGUUGAGCAGGACCCAUGUCAUGCACAGGAAUGGAUGGAUACCCUAAUGAUUCCUGUACAGCGCUAUCAACAGGUCUCGCAACGGGCUGAGCGCAGAACUGCAGAUUUGAACAAGGCCACUAGUAAGAUGGAGGAGUAUGAAGAACUCUUGAAAAGCUUGCAAGUUUGGAUAGAAAAUACCAAUUGUUUGCUAACAGCUGAGUCUAGAAAGGACUCUGCAAAAGCCUUGAGUAAACAUGCCGAUGCCCUGCAAAUGGCUUUAGAGGAUUCAGAGCAGAAGCAAAACCUUCUGCAUAGCAUUUACUCAGAACUAGGUGAAUUAUCGUUGAUCUUUGAAACGGACAACAUGGUGCAACAGCUGAAUGAAGUCAAUGGCCAAGUCACAAAUUUACAGCAAAAGAUACUGAAAAUCCUUCCUCGGAUCCAGCAGAUGGCAGAUGAGGUGGACAUUAUUGAAUCUGAUGUAAAAGCGAUGGAGAAGGAUAUUGCCAAAAUUAAAACAAUCCUGUCAUCAGAAGAUCUUUUAGAUUUUUCUCCCAAGGAUCAUCUUAAACAUGGACAGGUUAUUCUUGAUCACAUUGGGCCCAUGCAGAAAAGCAUCACUCAGAUACAGUCCUGUAAAGCAGCUCUUAAGUCACCAGGAGCAAAAAUGCAACCUCUCUUGGUCUUCCAACGAGCAAACCAACUUUCGAAAGAACUGAAAACAUUAGAGAAACUUACCAUGGAACAAAAUGAGCUGCUAGAGUCAGUUAUAAGAGAGACAGAUGAAUGUGAACAAGGAAUUGAAAAGUUGAAGCAAUUCUUAAAGAACCACUUGGGUGAACUAGCACAUGAAAAUCCACUGUCUUCUUACAAUGCUGCUUGUCCAGAGGGAGAAUUGGAAGCCAUAAAAGAACAGAUCAUCGAACUGUGCCAGAGGAAAGAAGACAUCCUUGUGGGAAUGAAGAGUUCAAUGCUCAAGCUACACCAGUGCUUACAGCAAGAACAUCCUGAAUCAGAGGGUGAACUUCCACAGCCUCUAUCCCCAGAGGAAAGUGAUUCUGUUGGGAGAGAUGCCCCUGAGCAGCAGCUGAAAAAGAGAGGAUCGGUGUCUCUUCUUCCUUCUUUAGUUGAAGAAACAGAAGAUAGUUUGUCCCACAGCGAACAAAACACAGUAGCAGAGACAGCUGAACCCUGCUGGCCUCCAGGACCGAGAGAUGAGACACCCAAGGAAAACAGUGCGGCUUCCUGCUCCUCUGGCACCUUGUCAGAUGACGUUGCACAGGAUGCGAAUGAGCUAAUACAAUCAUGUGAUCAACAUGACAAGGAAACACCUUUUCAAGUUUCCCAGAAAGCUGAAAACAGUGAAGAGUCUACUCCAGACCUUAGCAAUCAGCCAGUGGGUGACACGCCUCCUCUCACCACAAACACUGCCCAGAGCUUGCAAGGGACGCUAGGAGAUUCAAAGGAAGUAGUGGAUAAGAAUAGGCCUGAGCCUGAAAAGAUCCUCCAUGUAUGUCAGGCACAAGUUGCUGAGCUGGAACAAUGGCUAGACAAAACUAAAGUGUCUCUGGGAUCAGAAACCCAGACCCCAAAAAUGCAGCAGAUGGUGGAACAGCAGCUUGCUGACUGUCAGGCUGUGUUAUCAGAGAUUGAACAAAAUCUGGAGGACUGCAGAGAUACUACAGGCCUCCAGCAAGAGACUGAAGCCCUUUCCUUGAAGCUAAAGGAAGUGAAGUGCAAUUUGGAAAAAGUCCAGGUGAUGCUUCAGGACAAAUACAGUGAAGAACAGCUCAGCAACAGUGAAAGGAUCCAGGCAGAACCCAUAAAGACUCUUCAUCCGGACAACUGCAGUAUAACCAAUCUUAUCACCAGUGACCAGCCACCUAUCAACAGGCACAACAGCUUAGAGCAACAAAAGGAUGUGACGUUAAAACCGGGUCAGCAGAAUAACCUUGCAGACUUCAUUGAAUUUUACGUAGAGAAAAUGCAGCCACAAUUCAGUGACAGCACGACUCAGAAAUUCAAUUCAAGCAAUGGAGCAUCUAUCUCAGGGAACGAGCUUGUUGCUCCAGUCAUUCCUUCAAGAGAUCAAAAUGGUGAUAAAUGGCAAUAUUUACAACAAGAGCUGUCAUCUAAGAUGAAGUCUCCCCUUUGUCAACUCGUUGAACCACAGAUUACUACGAAAAUGAACGUCCUACCCAGAGGGGUGCUUCCUGGUAUUGGAACCCCAACUGUGGAGGAAGUGAAGACCUACACCAUUCAGCUUGGAGACCUUAGCCAAGAAGCAAAUGUUGUGAACACACAGGAUAAUGUGGCAGAGGAAGCUUCCUUAAAUUUGGACAAAAAACUCUUUGAACUGCUUCUGGCAAUCAGUCGGUGCUUGGACAAUGUGGAAGAGAUGCUGAACACCUCUGUGCUGUCCAGUGAAGAAGCUGCUGUGCAGCAGGUGCUCUAUGAGACUCUCUCUGUAGAGCUGCAAAAACUUCACACUGAUCUGAGUGAUAAAAAGGAUGAUCUUUUAAAGUCUAUUACCUGCGCUGGUGGGAGCACGGAUGUAUUCUUCGAGUGCUUUAACAACUUGCAGGCACGGCUUGAACGAACUCAGGUGGCUGCUGCUUCUAGAAGCAAGUCAAUGAAAGCUGGGCUGGAUCAUAAUAACAAUUAUCAGAAUGAAAUCCGGCUAUUGUACAAUCAGUUAACUGAGAAAAAAUCUACUCUGCAACAAUCCUUGAAUGCGAUACGUGGGCAAGAUAUUGCUGAACAGCUUCAGAAAACAGAUGCUUAUGCACUGGAGUUGCAAAACUUUGAAGCCCAAGUGGCAAAACUGAGAGAUCAAGGAGAAAGACUUCAGUUACCUGUUGCUCUGCUCUGUGAAGCCUACAAAUUAGAGGAUGUUUUAGAUGAUACUUGGGGGAUUCUGAGAGCAAAGUACGUGGAAUUAAACUCUCCUUUCCUCCAUGAGAGUCACUAUGAAAGCUUGCUUCGUGGACUGGCAGAGUUGAAAGACAUUGGACACAGGAAGGUGGCUCUGGACCUGAAGCAGCUAACCAAAAGUAGAGCUGCUUUACAGUCUCAUCUGCAAAAUCACAAGGACUUUUUCCAUAAGCUCAUCACCUAUGUGCUUCUCAUGCAAGCAUGUUCCAAGAAGGUGACUCCAUCUCUCUCAGAAAACAAAGAGAAAUUCUUGAAUGAGCUGGUGAAGGAAGUCAGAUCACUGGAACAACAGGCUUCCCACUAUGGUGUACACUUAGAGAGCUUACUAAAGGAGUGGACAGAAUUUGACACAGAUUAUGCAUCUUUCAACAAAGAGCUGGAGAUGCUUACCUCUGCAAUGCCUUCUGUGACCUUGGUGGAAGAAACAGAAGAAAGAUUAAUGGAAAGGAUUUCCCUCCUCCAGCAAAUCAAACGAAACAUUGAUGAAAAACAUGCCAGACUCUACCAGAUGGUGAAAGAAGGGAAGAAGUUGAAGACUGUGGUGAGCUGCUCUGAAUUAGCGAGCCAGAUUGUGAAGCUAGAAGAACAGUGGCUGUCCUUAACUAAAAGAGUUGGCCAGGAACUACACCGACUUCAAACCUUACUCAAACUUUUGGUCAGCUACAACAGAGAAUCAGAGGAGUUAACCAAAUGGUUGGAAUCUGCUCAACAGAAAAUGCAGUUUUGGAAGGAGCAGUCUCUCGAUGUGUCACAGGACCUUCCUACUGUCAGAAACAAUAUAGACAGCUUAUUUGCAUUCUCAAAGGAAGUAGAUGAAAAAUCUUCCUUGAAAUCCUCAGUCCUGAGCGCUGGCAACCAGCUCCUUCAUGUGAAACAGGCCGAUGUUGCAGCACUUAGAUCAUCUUUAGCAAACUUUGAGCAAAAAUGGGCUGAACUGAUCACUCAGCUCCCAACCAUCCAGGAAAAGUUUCACCAGCUCCAGAUGGAAAAGCUUCCAUCUCGUAAAGCCAUCACUGAACUAAUGGUCUGGAUGAACCAAGUGAAACAGCAAAGAGAAGACGAGCCUGCAGUAAAUUCACAAAGUGAAUCAUCCGAAGUCAGAAGCCUUCUCCAGAAGUACAAGGAAUACUUGAUGGAAAUGAACUUUAAACAGUGGAUGGUGGAUUUCGUUAACCAGUCACUAUUGCAGACGAGCACCUGCAAUGUGGAAAGCAAACGCUAUGAAAGGACGGAGUUUGCAGAGUGCUUAGGGGAGAUGAACUUGCUGUGGCAUAGGCUACAAGGCUCUCUGAAGAGAAAGAUACAGGAAUUGGAGCAUAUUCUGGAGAUCAUCACUGAGAAUGAAAACAAAGCCCAAACCCUGAGUAGCUGGCUGGAAGCUCAAGGCGAAAGGCUGAAAUCUUUGCAAAAACCAGCAAGUCUAAUCUCAGCACAGGACACACUGGACGACUGCAAGGAACUAGAAAAUCAGCUGGGCAUUAAAUCCAAAGCUCUCGAUGAGCUAGAACAGAAUUGCCUGGCUUUGGAGACUAGCGAAAAACAAACCCUGGCAGAUACGGCUGCCAGAAUGGAUCAGCUGUAUGAAAGGAAGAACAAAAUCAUCAAUCAGGUGGCACAGUUAAAGACUUCAAUCCACUCAGUAUUACAGCAGUGGAGAACCUAUGACGAAGCCUAUGAAAAUGUUAACCUGAUGACAAUCAGAUGUUUGUACUGCAUAGAACAUUCCAAAUCCUCCGUAAUAUCGUUAGAAGCUUUGAAAAACCAGGUGGAAACUCUCCAGUCCUUACAAGAUGAAACAGAGAAAGGUGAAGAAAGUUGGGCCAAGCUCUGGGCUGCUGCCAGUAACCUCAAGCAGUGCUGUUGUCCAUCCUUUGCUGAGAUUAUGGAACAGAAAUGCCAGGAGGCACUUACAAGGUGGAUGUCAGUAAUUGAAGAACUCGCAGAUCAAGUACAGAAAGCUCAAGCUUUGUUACCACUUUGGGAGUCGUAUGAUGGUUUACUCAUCGAGGCAGCAGCGAAGUUAAAACAACAAGAAGAACAGUGCAAUCAGCUCUUAGGUGCUCCCAUACCUGAAGACAAUGCAAUAGAAGUCUUGAAGCAGAAGGUACAGGAUGUGAAGAAAUUGCAGCAUGGCCUUCAAACCCUGAAGGGAAGCCUCCUCCAGAUUUCUGAGUUGUCAGAGCAGAUAACACUGCAAGCUGGUGUAGUUGCACAAGCAGCUUUUUCAGAGAAGCUGCAGCCUCUUCAAAGGAUAACAUAUUUGGAAAAGAUGUUGCAGAUGAAAUCAAAUGAAUUUGAGUUCAAUCUUUUGCAACUGGAGGAUUUCAAGAAUUGUUUGGAAACACUGGAAGGUCGUAUUAAGAAACCCAUAGAAACUUUGGAUAAGUUGUACUUACACAAGAAAGAGGAACAGUCUGAAUUGCUCAUGAGCCAAGUAUUGGAGCUAGCUGCACUUUCUCCCGAGAUAGAAAACCUGAAUGAAGUGAGUUUCAAGCUACCACUUAGUGAUUUUGCCGUGAAGAAACUACAGAGUUUGACUCGACUGUGGGGCCAGAAGACAGCAACAGCCCUAGAGCGCUGCAGCGAAGUUGAGGGAAUGCAAUCUGAUGAAAAGAAUUUUCAUCAGAAAUAUGAGAACUGGAGAAAAUUUCAAGAGAAGAUGAAAGAGUGUUUGCAAGCAAAUAUUCCAGGCAGAUUUGAUGAUCUUCAGGAGCAUCAGAGAAUAUAUGAGAAGCUGCAAGUGGAGAUUUCUGUAAAUCAGCAAAUAUUUAAUCCCGUCAUAUCCAAAGUGCUUCUCUUCCUGGAGUCAGAAGAAGCAGAAAAAAGAACAGAGUUUGUCUCCAAACUUUCCUUGUUGAAGGAGGAAUGGCAGAGUGACAUCCGGAUGGUUCAGCAAAAGAAAAAUGAGAUUGAUGGACGAGUGAAGCUGUGGCAGCACUUCAGGGUUUCUCUACAGAAUCUCUCAAAAUUUCUUACCAAUACAAAUAACUUCAUAACUGCUGUGAAGAGCCAAGGCAGCUACAGCCUUUACCAUCUACGGAAUUUGAUUCACAAUUUCAAGGACAAGGAAAUACUUCUACAGAGGUGGCAAACCACAUAUUUUGGAGCCCUUGAUACUGGGGAAAAGUUACGUAAUGUCUCUGACCGAGAAACCAGCGCUGGGAUACAGCAGGAGCUCAGCCAGUUACAGGAGCGCUGGAAUGAAACCCAGCUUCAAGCGGAGAAGAUCAUGAAACAGCUGCACAGCACCCUGCAGAAUUGGGACUGCUGUGAAAAGCAAAUGGAGGACCUGGAAAGCAGGCUGCGAGAGCUCAAGGCACAAGAAAAAGAACCACUUCCAGAAGAACAUGAAGAGCUCCACAAAGCUAAGGAACAUGUGAAGGGACUGGAGAAGUCGCUGGCAGACUGGAAUCAGAACAUGAAAGAACUCAGUAAUAUGAAGGCAGACUUGGCUCACUGUCUCCUUGCAGAAGAUGCGAUGGUGCUGAAGGAGCAAGUAGAGCAUUUGCACAGACAAUGGGAAGAGCUCUGUCUGAGAGUGUCUCUGCGUAAGCAGGAGAUAGAGGACAGACUGAAUGCAUGGACUGUGUUCAAUGAAAAGAAUAAAGAGCUGUGCGCAUGGCUGGUACAGAUGGAGAGCAAAGUAUUACAGACUGCAGAUGUCAGCAUUGAAGACAUGAUAGACAAAUUACAGAAGGACUCCAUGGAAGAAAUCAACCUGUUUAAUGAAAAUAAACUACAUCUGAAGCAAAUGGGUGACCAGCUGAUCAAGGCUAGCAGCAAGAGCAGAGUCACAGAAAUAGAUGACAAACUCAAUAAAAUUAACGAUCGCUGGCAGCAUCUCUUUGAUGUCAUCGGAGCACGGGUGAAGAAGCUAAAAGAGACCUUUGCUUUUAUACAGCAGCUUGACAAAAACAUGAGUAACCUUCGCACCUGGCUGGCUCGCAUCGAGUCGGAGCUUUCCAAACCUGUUGUUUAUGACAUCUGUGAUGAUCAGGAGAUCCAGAAGAGGCUGGCUGAGCAGCAGGAUCUGCAGCGAGACAUUGAGCAGCACACUGCAGGGGUAGAAUCUGUGUUUAAUAUCUGUGACGUCCUGCUGCAUGAUUCGGACGCGUGUGCUAAUGAGACGGAGUGUGACUCCAUACAGCAGACCACUAGGAGCUUGGACAGACGGUGGAGAAACAUUUGUGCUAUGUCCAUGGAAAGGCGAAUGAAAAUCGAAGACACCUGGCGCCUCUGGCAGAAGUUCCUGGAUGACUAUUCUCGCUUUGAAGACUGGUUAAAAUCAGCUGAAAGGACAGCCGCCUACCCCAACUCUUCUGAGGUUCUGUACACGAGUGCCAAGGAAGAGCUGAAGAAGUUUGAGGCCUUCCAGCGACAAAUCCAUGAGCGACUCACUCAGCUGGAGCUGAUCAAUAAACAGUAUCGGCGGCUGGCAAGGGAGAAUCGCACCGAUUCUGCCAGCAAGCUGAAACAGAUGGUCCACGAAGGCAACCAGCGCUGGGACAACCUCCAGAAGCGGGUCGCUGCCAUUCUCAGGAGACUCAAGCACUUCACCAAUCAGAGAGAUGAGUUUGAGGGAACGAGGGAAAGCAUUCUUGUGUGGCUCACAGAAAUGGACCUUCAGCUUACGAAUGUAGAGCACUUCUCUGAGAGUAACUUAGAUGACAAAAUGCGGCAGUUAAAUGGUUUCCAGCAGGAAAUAACACUGAACACCAACAAGAUUGAUCAGCUAAUCGUUUUUGGAGAGCAGUUGAUUCAGAAGAGUGAGCCCUUGGAUGCUAUCCUGAUUGAAGACGAGUUGGAAGAGCUGCACAGAUACUGCCAGGAAGUCUUUGGGCGAGUCUCCCGGUUCCACAGAAGACUGACUUCCAGGCACCCAGGAUUAGAGGAUGAAAAGGAGCUGUCUGAAAAUGAGACUGAUGCUGAAGACUCAAGAGAUGUGCACAGCGAUCCCUGGCAUAAGAAGGCAAUAAACGAGGUGACAUCUUCACCGCAGUCCCUCUGCCAUCUUGUGCCCCCUGCACCAGGCCAUGAAAGGUCAGGCUGCGAGACCCCUGUCAGUGUGGACUCCAUCCCACUUGAAUGGGACCACACAGGCGAUGUUGGGGGCUCUUCCUCUCACGAGGAUGAAGAAGAAGGAACGUACUACAGUGCUUUGUCAGAUGUAGAAAUCACUGAAAAUCCUGAGGCAUAUCUUAAAAUGACCACAAAAGCUUUGAAAGCAUCUUCUGGAAAAUCGGUUUCAGAAGGUCACACGUGGCAUUCUCCUGAUAGUCCGGCCUGCAGAAAACAUCAGUACAGCCAGGCAGAGAUGGUUAGAAAUGUGCUGUCUGGCAACACGGAGACAAGUACUCCAUAUAAGGCAGACUAUGUUAAGCACCUGGUGUCUGCAAGCAGUGGCAGCAUGGACAGUGUCAAAGAGGUAUCUACAAUACUGAAUGAUGAAGAGCCCCAAGACGACCUGGAGCUUGUGAGCAUUGCAGCUGCAGAGAAGCAACCAGGUAUGAUUGAACGAUGGGAACUCAUGCAAGCCCAGGACCUAAGAAACAAACUAAGAGUGAAACACAAUUUGCAGCAGUGGCAGCAGCUGCACUCUGAUCUCAACGAUGUCACCGCUUGGCUGGAUAAAACUGAAGGAGAGCUGGAGCAGUUACAGAAAGCAAAGCCAGCAGCCAGCUUGCAGACUAUGGAACAACGGAUGAAGAAACUGAAAGACAUACUUAAAGCCUUUGAUAACUACAAGUCUGUGGUGCUCUCCAUUAACCUGAGCAGCAAAGACUUCCAGCAGACGGAUAGCACUGAAUCCAAAGAACUUCAAAACAGACUCCGACAGAUGAAUUUGCACUGGGAGAAAGCAUCUCAUUCAGUGGACAACUGGAGGAAAAGUUUACAACAGGCUCUAUUGCAGUGCCAGGAUUUCCAUGAACUGAGCCAGAAACUACUGUUGUGGGUAGCAAGUGCUGAAAGUCGAAGACAUAAAGCACAAAUCGCUGAUCCAAAUCCUGACCCCCAUACCAUAGUGGAGUGCCAAACAGAGUUAAUGCAACUGGAGAAAGAGCUUUUGGAACGGCAGCUUCAUGUAAACUUGCUCCAGGAAAUUUCCACCCACCUGCUGGUUAAAUCUGAUGGAGAAGACUAUAUUGAAGCUGAUGAGAAGGUACAUGUGAUUGGAAAGAAAAUGAAGCAACUUCUUGAACAAGUUUCAAGCGACUUAAAGUCUAUACGAGGAAACCUGGACAACAAUGCAUUUCUGGCAACUGCCUAUGAAUUGGACUCUGGAGGCUACCACCCACUAGCAGUGAAAUCCAGCCCUCAGGAGAAGGUCACUACAAGAACAGCCUCUGACAGCAGGGAUGCCAGCAGCAUCAGAAUGGAAAGCCAGGCCAAACCUGCUCCAGUUUCCAGGCCCCGUUCCUUCUUUUACCGUGUAUUACGAGCGGCUUUGCCCCUUCAGUUGCUCUUCCUUCUGCUUCUGCUUCUGGCCUGUAUGGUCCCAUCCUCAGAGGAAGACUACAGCUGCACUCAAGCAAACUACUUUGCCCGAUCUUUCCACCUAAUGCUGAAAUAUACCAACGGACCUCCGCCAACCUAGGCAGCAUCCCGUGAUUCUCCGAUGUACCAAAAAAACACAUUUUGUCAUGGGUGCUUGUUUUCAUGCUGCUAAUGUCAAGCCGUGAAUUCACAUGGUCAGGCACAGAAAGGUCCGUCUGAGUCCACAUUUUGACCCCCUGCAGAGCUUUCCUGACUUGACCAUAGUCGCUUGUGCAUCCCUGAAUCGUGGGUGCAACUGCACAGCUGAGCUCUACGGGAGGCAUUUUUUAAAUGGCCACUUCCUCCUGCGCAGGGACUGUAUCGAUGUUCGCAUCUCAAGCUGUAAAUCUUUACAUGAUUUCAGGGUUUUGGGAAGUAGUCCAAUGGCUUUUUGUGUACAGAAAAUGAAUUUUCUAUAGAUUUUUAACUCCGGAGCACCAUACUGUAUACUUUGAUGCACUAGACACAAGCAUUUUAUAUUUACAGACACCCCACCCUAGUUUGGCAAGGUCCAUAGAACUCAACUUGACAGAAUGAUAUGGGCUGUUACGUGACAGUAGUUGCUGUAACUAGUGGUCUUUGUCAUGGCUCAACGUGACAGACUGAAGCAGUUUUAAGUGCUUGGCAUGCACUUACGAUGGGCAACAGUUCACCUCCUUACCUGUAUCUUUUGGUACUGUAGUCAGCUGGUAGAAACGAAGGUUUUAAAUUUUUGGUAUUUUUGUUACGCUGUACUUAAUUCAUCUAACUCUUUCAAUAAAAAGAUGUGUAUUUGUUCUGCGUGCAAAGUGUUUAGUACUUAGCUCUGCUGUGCUGUCCUUUUAUACCAUGAUUUAAAAAAAGAAAUGAUUACAUUGCAUGGAAAUGGUUUAUAUUGUGCAUAUUUUCUACAUGAAGAUAAUUACGUAGUCUGUACACACUCUGUAUACAAAUGAAUAAUGUGCACUGGCUUUUUUUAAUCAAAGAUUUCUGGUUUAAUCUCCUGAAUGUAUAGUAUGCCAAGAGAGACUUGUGCAUUUUUAUACAUUACUUCGCAUUUAAAAUGAAGUAAAAAUUUCAGGUGAUGGGAAGAGAAAAUGUGAUGUACAGUCAGUUUUAUUGGAACAUAUUUGUUGGUUGUACAGUUCAAACAUUCUCAUUAAAGUUUUGCUGAUGUUUUCAGAGUA